AAUUUAGACAAAAGAUUCAAAAUUUCUCACUUAUUUACCUCUCCAAAUUCCAUUCUCCAAAAUCGCCCACUACUUCACCUGCAGCCAAACAUCCCCUCGGACCUCAGUCCUUUCCAGUGAGAACUUCGCCAAAAAAGCUCUCUUAAACGUCGUCUCCUGAUGGCCACACCCCAAUUCCUCUCCUCCUUCAAGUACUCCGACAGCCUUACGGUGGUGGCCAUCUCUAUCUGCACCGCCGUAGUCUGCGAGGCCAUCUCCUGGAUCUUAAUUUAUCGCACCAACUCCUACAAAUCCCUGAAAUCCUCCAUCGACAAAGCUUCUAAGAAGCUCGAGACUAUGAAAACCGAAACCGUCAAAGUCACCACCAAAAAAUCAAAGACCAAGAAAAUUGACCGCGUCGAGACCUCCUUGAAAGAGUCCAGUCGUGAUCUCUCCCUCUUCAAGUUCAAAUCCGGCGCCGUUGUUGCCUUGGUUCUCUUCAUCGUUUUUGGACUGUUGAAUUCGCUCUUCGAAGGGAAAGUUGUUGCCAAAUUGCCGUUUAAGCCGAUAGGGAUCGUGAUGAAGAUGAGUCACAGAGGAUUGCAAGGCGAUGAUGCGACGGAUUGCUCAAUGGCAUUUUUAUAUUUCCUGUGUUCGAUCAGUAUCCGCACAAAUCUCCAAAAGUUUCUCGGGUUUUCGCCACCGCGUGGAGCCGCCGGAGGCGGAUUGUUCCCCAUGCCUGAUCCGAAAACGAAUUGAUCGGGUCCCACAUUAUAAGUACUAUGCAUGCAUUGCAAAGACAGUCUAGAUGAAUGAUUGCUUGGAUAGUUGCACAAACAUCCAUACUGGUGGUCAACCUUCAUCAAUCAAUUCUAGAACAAUUUGUUUGAGAGUUCCUAUCCAACAAUUGAUGUGAUUUUUGGAGAUAAAGUUUCAAAUUUCAAUUUGACUUGGGUAUUCAAAGGGUCUCCUUCAUGAAGAAGCUCUUUCAAUAGCGUUCCCAAAACUUGAAUGUCAGCUCAGAUUAUUUUGGCUAUUUGGCUAUCAACUAACACUUCACAGACUCUGUAACUUACAUAAUUUUGUCUGUGCAAUUUUGUGUUUAUUUGUAAUGAAAUUUUAAAGUUCGGGUAUCUAAUGGGUAACAAAAUUAGUUCUGAUAUUUGAUAGGUAAAAUUAAUUCAAGUGUCUUGAUGAUAUAUUAGGCCAAAUUUGUUGGAUGCUAAAAUUUUAGAAGGGGCGAUGGCCCCUACCAGGCCCCUUAGAUCCAUCGUAUUCUUGGAUCAUCCUUUGUCACAGGUUGAGUCAACAACUCAGCCGUGAGCUAUUACAAAUAAUUAACUAAAGUUAUUAUAUUUUUCCUAUUAAA